AUGGUCGUCGCAAGCAUGAGUUACGCAUCCACCAUGAAUGUCAUUGAGAGUUGGGAAUACGUCCGCAAGUUGAACAACUACGAACAAGUUGUGGGCGUCCAUCUCUUUCGCAAAUUCUUUGAAUUGGCUCCCGAAGCUCUUCCAAUCUUUGCCUUUGGAUGUUCUUCUAGUCUAGAGGAAGACUUUUACAAUUCGCCCAAAUUGAUUCGACAUGCGAAACUUUACGUUGUCGCCCUGGACAAAGCAAUUGGGUUGUUGGGACCCAAUUUUGAAUUGCUUCAAGAAAUCUUGAUGGAUUUGGGCGACAAGCACCGACGAUUUGGUGUGAGUCCAGAACUCUUCAAACCCAUGGGACGAGCCAUUAUUGAAACCUUGGAAGAAUUGUUGGGUGACAGCACGUUUAAACCAGCCAUCAAGGCAUCGUGGACGGAAUGCAUCGAACUGCUGUCGGAAGGAAUGAUCGAAACAAAAUCAUAG